AUGGCGCCGGUCUUGACUGGUUAUUAUAGGUUCUCGGACAUAUGGUUUGAGUGGCAUCAAACACUACCGGACGAAGAGGAUAUCAGUACACUUAAAUCUGUGCUGCAAUACGAUGCAUUGGUACACCCCGAUCAUCCCCUGAUGGCGGACAGUACAAAGGGCGUGGAGCUCUUCAUGGGGACACUGCACAAUGGAGAAUCGCGUCUGAUGUUUUCGUCUGCCCAAGUGGAAUAUAUACGAUACUGGCUGCAUGCCAUGCAAUUAACAAAGGAUCUUAUUCCUAUACCCAAUUCAGAAGCUCUGUUGACCUCCGAACACUUGCGCAAUGUAUCUCCGAUGUACUACAAUGACGCAAGUGUGUUGAAGAAGGCUCUGAAAACUAUUGAGAAGAACAAUAAACGCCUGCGGUUCGUAGAUGGCGUGCUCAUGAAGCGUAGACAUCUCUUCGAAAGGGUUCGGACAUUCUGGGCCGAAGAAACAGGCAUAUGGUGUGCCCUUGACUUCGAGUCAUGGGAGUACGACCACACGGUCCUAACAGAAUUCGGCUGGAGUCUCAUACGAUGGGAGAAUGGGAAGGAAAUCGACGAACAAGGCCAUCUCAUCGUGAAGGAGAACAGAACGUACAGUAACGGUACAUACGUACCGGACUACCGAGACAACUUCUUGUUCGGGACUAGCGAGACUAUUAGCAAGAAGGCGUUCAAGCAGCGCAUCACCGAUCUUUUGUCUGAAUGGACAAAGACAGGACCCCUCUUCCUGGUGUUCCACGACGCUAGAUCGGAUAUCAAUUACUUGAAGUCGAAAUCCGUGGAGGCACCCUUGGGAUUCGUGAACUAUGCCCUGCCAGACGUAUCCCCUGACGAAGGUAUAUACGUUGUCGACACAGCAGACCUAUUCGCCGCCCUCGAAGGAGACUCUGCCAGAAAACGUAGUCUGGAGCAGAUGUGCAGACAUCUUCAAAUUCCUACGGAUUACCUGCACAAUGCUGGGAAUGAUUCUCACUACACUUUGCUAGCACUCAAGUCCAUGGCCUCUGGCGAUCCCGUUGACAUACAAAGGGAGAAGCGUUGGCCUGGCCAUACGGAAGGGAGCGCUAAUGGCGUCAAAGUCCAGUUCAUGCCAUGGGAAGAGAAAGACGACUACUCAGACUCGGAAGGUCUCAUGCCUCCAGCAAAAGUCACCACGCUCCCCGGAGACCCGACAGCUGUGCUCGACCCUGCAUUUGAAGCACAGAUGCUACGAGAAGAACAAGAACUCUCUCAACCAUGA